AUGAAUCGUCUGCAUUCAAUGGUCGCAAUCGCGGUGGUCGCCUUACUUGGCGGAGUGUUCGCUCGGCAUGACGCUGUGUUCAAAACGUUCAGUUCGACCAGCAACGAGUGCGCCAAAUAUCUGAACAACGAUGGCAGUGGAGAUUGCAAUAUCCACUGCGUGGGUGUGGUCGCUCAUGUCUGGAACGAUACUGUGGCCAAGUUCACACCGAAUUACGCCAACUUCUUUGCUCCGGAUGCGGAAGAUAACUGCUACGAGAACCGCACCGAUCGUUGCAUGCAGCAUGUCGACCACAAGGUUCCAGUUUUCGACAAGUGCGCUCGGGCUAAUCAAUUGGGACAGUGCUAUGCCGACCAGUAUGGAGAAUUGAAAUCCAACGUGCAGGAGUAUGUUCCGAAGACCGACGUGCAGUACACCAGAGUUUUCCUGCAGUGCGCCUCCAUCUUGGGUCUGUCGCACCAGGACCUGCAGGCCAUGGUCCAACAAGGAGCUUACAACGUUCCGGCUGCCGCUUGCCUGCUACGAUGCACCUUGAUGCGUAUGGGACUGUACACUGACAGCGCGGGAGUUGACGUGCCGCUGGCCACUCGGCAGUGCGGUCUGUACAACGCUACCGAAAACGUGGAAAAGUGCCAAGCCAGAAUACAGGAAGAGGAAUGCGACAAAUGCAAGCGGGCCGUUCGCAUCGCAAAGGAAUGCCUCCGAAUGCACUUCAAUGUGAAACCGUUGGGAGAAACCUUCGCUGUGGAGUUGUAUGGAACCAGUUCAGCAUGUGCCUUUUGCUUCGCUUACUACGGAUUAAACGCGAUCUUCUUCUGUCCCACGUGUCCCUACCUUACUUACUACACCAAUAGCUACGCGACCUCAUCCUCUUCGGCGGGUAGCUCAAGCGGUUUCACCUUUUAUGGGUAA